CGCACGCAUCUCCUCUGCCACAUCGAGACAGAUGAUGCACUGAAUGCCGUCGGGCGAGCAUACGCUCCGAUACUAUGGACACCUCAAUACUGGAGCGUGUCGAAGAACUCGAUGAUCUGGAACUGGCUCUUCUAGUAUCUACAGUUGCUCAAGUGCACUGCAUCUUCUCCACAGCCGUGGACGCCGUCAAGAAUAUACAAGAAGAACUCCGGCUAUCUUGCAUUGAUCUGUUCGGUCUUCAACCCGCCGUGGUGGAAUGCACUUCACGAACAACCGUAGACGAGUUCAAUGAGGGCGUACUCAUCGACAACGAGGAAAGCCUAGAAGAUGCGGUCCAACGAGAUUACACCAAGGCUCGUCCAAGUCUACUGGUCAACUUCACGCCUGUACGUCAAGCGAGUCCUGGCGGCAGUAGGAUGGGAAGCAUAGCCAACCUCGAAGAAAAGCGUAUCGCGGAUGUCAUUAUUGCCACCGGCCUGGACGCUGCGCCCGAGAACGUGCAGAUUCAAGUUUUUGAAUUGAUCAGGUCUGGCCGUAUCUUCACGCGGUCUGCCAUGCACGUCGCACCAAAGGAUUUGCUCUUCAUCACUGUCCUCUCGAAACCUGACGCACGCCUGACCCGACAUCUCAAUGACUGUUUCUGCGUGUCACAUUUUCACAGCCCGGAUGAAGGCUUGCCGCAUCUGGACAGCCACUUCAACUCGAAAUACUUCGCGCCGCCAACGUUCUCAGCAGCAGACAUCAAGCGGCUUACAGAACUUACGCAAUCCGUAGAGAUGACUGCUGAGAUAGCUCAAUAUCUACACAACGUCGUCGUCUUCAUGCGCAAUAGCCGUUACGUGAAAGCAGGAGUUACGGCCACUGCUACUCGACAGCUCAGAAUACUUGCCAUAGCGCUUGCACCUCUUCAUGGACUCGACUACGUGCCACCUUCGCUGAUCGCACUGGCAGCACGCAAGAUUUAUCCGCAUCGACUUGUUCUGGCCAACUCAGAGAAUGAGAGGAGUCUGCUUUGGGGAAGUGACCCACGUGCCAUUAAGCAGUUGCUGGAAGGAGUCACAGUCGAGGAUGUCAUAGAGGAUGUCCUUGCGAGCGUCGACACACCGCUUUGAGCCAACGGCGCUCACAUGUUCUUUGCAUGACCCGCAACGAAGCUACACUCUACAGCCAAGGGUGUUUUGACAGCGACACGUUCCUUCCCGAUGCGCCAUUGCCGCCUGUCGCCAUAAAUGGCGGUGCUUCGGCACCCUGU